AUGUCUACAAACCCAUUGCCAACGACUCUUUUCCAGAGUCUACUUUCUAAAUUGGCCACUAUCCUAGAACUCACGCAAAGCGCAGAGGGAACUUCUACACCGCAGGGACGAGAAGCUAUACGUCAAGUUACGGACGAUUUCAGAAGAUCACUUGCACUAGCAAAGAGUUUGGCCACUGGCCUCCCUGGAGGCGAGCUGUUGAUUGAGGACCAGGACGAUGUGAUAGAUAUGUUGGUGACCUUGAGAGAUCGUAAAAGAGAACAGCUCGAAGACUUUACUAAUCGUGCGAUUACAGCGCCUUCGAGAGAAAGUCUCGCCGAGAUGAAGAUGGAGGUUGAUUCAACGGCAUCCACACCAUUUCAUGUUGACAGCUGA